GCGCCUGGAGCCCGGGAGCCCGGGAGCCCGGGAGCCCCAGGCCCGAGCCACGCGAUCGGCCGCCGCCCGGGGCUCGGGCCGGGGACGCGCGAUGGCGACCUGGCGGCGGGACGGCCGGCUGACGGGCAGCCAACGGCUGCUGUGCGCGGGGCUGGCGGGGGCGCUGAGCCUCAGCCUCACCGCGCCGCUGGAGCUCGCCACCGUGCUGGCCCAGGUCGGCGUCGUGCGCGGCCGCGCCCGGGGGCCGUGGGCCGCAGGGCUGCGCGUGUGGCGGGCCGAGGGCCCCCGCGCGCUCUGGAAGGGGAACGCGGUGGCCUGCCUGCGCCUCUUCCCCUGCAGCGCCGUGCAGCUGGCCGCCUACCGCAAGUUUGUCGUGCUGUUCACGGAUGACCUGGGCCAUAUUUCCCAGUGGCGCUCAGUCAUGGCUGGGAGUCUCGCAGGCAUGGUUUCCACCGUUGUGACGUAUCCUACAGACCUCAUCAAAACCCGGUUAAUUGUGCAGAACAUGCUGGAACCAUCUUACAGAGGGAUCUUCCAUGCUUUUUCUACUAUUUAUCAACAGGAAGGGCUCCUGGCCUUUUACCGAGGGGUUUCCCUUACUGUUUUAGGUGCUCUGCCUUUCUCUGUUGGCUCGCUUCUAGUUUACAUGAACCUGGAGAAAAUCUGGAACGGACCCAGAGAUCGGUUUUCUCUCCUCCAAAACUUUGCCAACAUCUGCCUGGCGGCUGCGGUCACCCAGACUCUCUCCUUUCCCUUCGACACGGUGAAGAGAAAGAUGCAGGCUCAGAGCCCCUACCUUCCCCACGGGGGAGGAGUAGAUGUCCACUUCUCAGGAGCAGUGGACUGCUUCCGGCAGAUCGUGAAAGCCCAGGGAGUGCUGGGGCUCUGGAAUGGACUGGCAGCCAACUUACUGAAGAUAGUUCCCUAUUUUGGAGUGAUGUUUGGCACCUUUGAGUUCUGCAAGAGAAUCUGUCUUUACCAAAACGGUUACAUCAUGUCUCCUCUGAGCUAUAAAUUGACCCCAGGGGUGGAUCAGAGUUUGAAGCCCCAGGAAUUACGGGAAUUGAAGAAGUUCUUCAAAACUGGACAAUUAAAGUCUAAAAAACCAACUCUUUAAAAUCGAGUGGAACUAGAGGUGCGCUGUCGGCAGACGUGUUGCAGAGAUAGGUGGAGCCUAAGAACUGUGCAUGCAUGGAGCGAUGAGAGGGUGCUUCUGUCUGUUGCUUUUGGAGAUGAGAAGAUUGAGCCGUACCUGAGCUCCAAACUGAUGGCCCCGAGAACACCUGCACCCCCUGAGGGCUUCCCAACAUGACUGUCUCAGGAUGGCAUCCCACCAGAUUUCAUAACGAAACCCAGCACUAAGGAAGUGUGCAAUUUACACUCUGGAUGUAGAUAGGCCAUUUACACCACACCAAAGAAAGGACAUCGCCGUGACUCCUCAGAGCAACAUGUAGUUGAAGUGGCCGAGCAGAUACCACGUUACGAGCCCUGCCACAGACUCACAGCUUGCGAGCCCUGCCACAGACUCACAGCUUGCGCUAACCCGUGUCAGCCUAGUCUCACCCACGUUCACUCCAGCCUUCCCAUUCAGUCCUUCUGGAACUCGUAAUCUUUGUUGUCUUUUUCUGAGUGCACACACCAUGGGGUAAAUGCUGCCUUCUCAGAAACGAAAUGAAAACAUUUAACAUUUAAAAGUUACCACUGUCAAGAGUUCCCGUCAUGGCGCAGCAGAAACGAAUCCGACUUGGAACCAUGAGGUUGCAGGUUCUACCCCUGGCCUCGCUCAGUGGGUUAAGGAUCAGUGUUGCCGUGAGCUGUGGUGUAGGUCGAAGAUGCAGCUCAGAUCCUGUGUUGCUGUGGCUAUGGUGUAGGCCGGCGAUUCAGCUCCGAUUCAACCCUUAGCCUGGGAACCUCCAUAUGCUGCGGGUGCGGCCCUAAAAAGCUAAAUAAAUAAAUCAGUAAAUAAAAGUUACCACUGUCAUAGUAGAACCACCCUUCUUUAUUUAAAUUGGAAGCAUCCUAGGCUUAGAAUUUUGUGUUUCUGGAAGGUAGUUUAUACCAUGACUGUUUCAUUAUGCCCAAAAAACCUUCUGCCAGUUGAAGUUAUGUGAAGCUCAAGUGGCCUGAAUUCUCUGCCCUUUUAACUUGCUUUGCAAGCCUACCCUGAAAAUAAAUUAGUCAACUUAUUCUCACAACAUGUCCCAGUUGCCUAGAAAGGAUCACACAGAACAUCUCACACACACACACACACACACACACACACACACACACACACACACACGCGUGAAAUGCAACUAAACAAAAAACGCUUCAGGCUAAUCAUCUCUGCUAGAUUUUUUUAAAUCAAAUUUUGCCUUUAUUCCAUAUUGAGGAUUCUAUGUCAAGUUUAUAUAACUGUACCUCCUGAAUAGUAACUAUGUGUUAAAAUAUGUCUAAUAUUAAGUUGUUAAUUUAUGCACACAUACACACACAGUAUGUUGAAAGUAUUUUUCCUUAAUAAAUUUUCCAAAGAAAAA